GAUGUCUGUGGUGACAAUUCGACAGGUGCAGGAGUAGGUACCUACCUUAUUUUAUAAAAUUUCAAAAAACUUUUUAUUAUAAAUUUUGGAGAUGACCGUCAUCCCACUAGGGGUGGGGAUGAUUAGCUAAAUUUUAGUUAGCAUUUAACCAUCUACAUGGUAUUCCUAAUAUACAUACAAAAUUUGACAACAAUCGGUCCAGUAGUUUCGGAAAUUACUUGUCUAAUAAAAAUGGAUACAGACACCAGACAGACAGGCAGACAGACAGAUUGACUGACUGACUGACUGACAGACGGAAACGGGAGACUACUUUUUUUCGUACUCUAGAGUUCGACACCUCGAGAAAACAUGGAAAUGGCAAUUCGGCCGAUGCACUCGAUUACAAGACUUCCUUAGCUUACGCUAAGAAAGAAAAAAUGUAUUUGUCCUUUGUUUGUAAUACUUAAAAAUUUGCCGAAAAACGCAAUAAACCAUGCUACAAAUUAAAAUUUCCAAUAUCACGUAUCACCGACCUUACUCCCAAUUAUUCAGUAAAGCGAAUUGUCUUCGAAAUUACCAGUCUUACUGACUUAAUCAAAACUUUCGGCAAAUCGCAGCACUGAAAAUUAUAUUCACCUCACUCAUUAGCAUCGGCCCGGUUAUUACGAUGCCUUCCUCCGCUUCUAUGUUAAUGCUACACAAAUAGAACGAUUCAAAUGCUAAAUCAAAAAUUAAAAUGGUGAUGAUCGAAAAACGUCGUACUGCGUCGAUUUUACUUUUUGCCAUUUUCCUCAAACAAAUUGUGUGCUCGGGUUUCGGAAAAUGCCCCAAAUUCGCCUACAUGGACAACUUCAACUUAAGCCGGUUUGCAGGACGCUGGUACGAAAUCGAGCGCUCGUUUUAUCUUGCACAGGUGGUCUCAAGUUGUGUGAGCAUUGACUUGACUGAAAACACCAAAGGGCAGCUAGAGGUUGACGUGAAAGCCAGAAGCAGAUGGUCAGGGACUUUAACGGUCAGUGAAGGGCUGGCGUCGCCCACGAAGCGAGACCCUAGCAAGUUGGCGUAUAAGGUGGUUACAAAGUUACCUCGAAUGCUGGGUCAGUAUUUACCGGGGGCUGGCGCUUAUCAAGUCAUCGACACGGAUUAUGAUAGUUACGCAGUUCUAUGGUCGUGCACUAACUAUGGGUUGGCGCACACCGAUCUGAUUUGGAUUUGGGGGCGCCAGCGGGAACUGAGUGCCGACAGGCGGAUUCAAGUGUAUAAAAGUCUAGAUGAUGUACGCUUGGAUUCUGAAAGACUUAUCUUACCAAGGAAUGGUAAUUGCAGUGAAACUUGGGGUGACGGUGACUGAUUUAUUUCCUAUGUACAGUUAGCAUGUAGGUAUGUUCCAUCAAAAGCACAAUAUAAAAGUUACAUCAAGCACUUGAACACAUGAUGGCAAUUUUUGUUAUACCUACAAAUGAGUAAAUGUUUGAUUAUGACCA